UGCGUAUACCUCAAUCGUGUUACAAUGACAGCCCCAGUCGUGUUCGGGACCACCGGGACCAUCUCUUCUCUGUUGGACACUUCACUUCUGCCUCGCUUCCUAGCUCUUCCCCAGAAUGGGAAAAUAGCUGUCGAAUACGUGUGGAUUGGAGGCUCGGGAUCUGACUUACGUUCCAAGACAAGAUGCCUGGACAAGAUUCCUAAGUCUCCAGAGGAUUUGCCUGUGUGGAACUACGACGGAUCCUCAACUGGGCAGGCACCCGGGGACGAUUCGGAGGUUUUCCUCGUGCCUCGGAGAAUUUUCAAGGACCCCUUCCGCGGCGGGGACAACAUUAUUGUCAUGGCCGAUGCGUACGAGCCACCGAGGGACAUCGAUGGAAAGCACAUCGACAUGAAGGCCAUUCCCACAAACACCCGCUUGGCAUGCGCGGAGGUCAUGAAGAAGGCCGAGGCCGAGGAACCCUGGUUCGGCAUUGAGCAGGAGUACACGCUGCUGAACGCGACGACCAAGUGGCCGCUGGGCUGGCCGGAGUGCGGCUUCCCAGGCCCCCAGGGCCCCUACUACUGCUCGGCCGGCGCGGGGGCGGCCAUCGCGCGCGACAUCGUGGAGGCGCACCUCAAGGCAUGCAUGUACGCCGGCGUCAAGAUCUCCGGCGUCAACGCCGAGGUCAUGCCCGCGCAGUGGGAAUUCCAGGUGGGCCCGUGCGUGGGCAUUGACAUGGGCGACGAGCUGUGGAUGGCUCGCUACCUUCUGCUGCGCCUGGCGGAGCUGUACAACAUCGAGGUCACCUUUGACCCCAAGCCCAUCCCCGGCGACUGGAACGGCGCCGGAGGCCACACCAACUUCUCCACCAAGGGCACCCGCGCCGCCCCCGGCGGGUGGGAGGAGAUCCAGAAGCAGAUCGCGAAGCUGGAGAAGCGCCAUGCGGUGCACAUUGCCAGCUACGGAGAGGGCAACGAGCGGCGCCUGACCGGCAAGCACGAGACCUCCUCCAUGCACGACUUCAGCUGGGGAGUUGCGAACCGCGGCGCGUCGAUCCGCGUGGGCCGCUCGGUGCCGGUGGAGAAGAGCGGCUACUACGAGGACCGCCGCCCCUCCUCCAACCUGGACCCCUACGUCGUCACCCGCCUCAUUGUGGAGACCACCCUGCUCAAGUGAGGGGUGGGGGGGACCCUUUUUGGGGGGGGGGGGGUCUGGUACCCCCCGGCCAGGGCGGGGGGACUGUGAAUGUCGUGGGGGAUUUUUCUCAAAUGGUUGCAGGAUAAGGCGUUGCAGCUCUUUUGCAGGUGUGCGUGUUUUUGAGGAGUGCCAGGUCUGGACAUCGUGUUGAAUAGUAAAGUUGGACAAGGAUGACGAGCUGCAUUUGUGGCUUUCUAUUCCUGUAUUGUACAGAGUAUCCAUACAUUCAUGCAGCAGCCGGCAGAUGUCAGAGUUCUACUGUGCUGUCAGAACAAUGCUGCUGUCAGGUCAAUUCUCUGGGGCGGAGAUGAGCUCAUUUGCGCGAAACACCUACUCCUGUUGGACAUACAGCAGACAUGCCAGUCUUCUGAUUGUGUUUUGGACUAUUGAGCUCAAACUGGUAGCUACCCAGGGUUGAUGAUGUCAAGAGGCGCGCCAAUUUUUUGUGAACACAUCUCUGCCCCAAGCCUUCAUUCCUAAAGGUUUCACUGACCAAAGAAAUACUGUGAAGGGACUUUGUGUAUAUCCUUGCCUGUGCUGCAAAAUGGAUGCAUCAAUCCAGUACUGAGUGUGUGUGGCAAGGCUUGUGCUUGGUCAUGGGAUUCUUUUCUAAGCCCCAGUAGCAGAACUGCUGUUCCAGCAUCUAGCAGUACUUUUCUUGGGUCAACUGUCUUCUUUGUGUGGUUGGAUUGUCUCAAGAUCUCCCAGAGGUUUCGAUUCGGACAAUACCAAGGCUUGUGUAAAGGUUUUCGGCCUCAC